UAGCCACGCAGCAACUUGUGUCUUGAAGAGCUGCCAGACACAGGCUUCCGUCAUGCCGAACAGCAGGAUCCUGGACGAAUUUGCGGUGGCCGAGGAGGCCCAGGAGAUGUUGAUGCAACACCGUCCCCAGAUUGAGCGCCUCUUUCAGGUGGAGCUGAAUGUCAUGGGGGUGCUGGGAUUGGACCCCAAAGGAGCAAGGAAGAUCUGGUUGCAGCUGCAAGGAAGCCAAGAUAAUCUUCGCAGGGCAAAGGAAUACAUUAAAGGUCUUUGUGGCCCAGAGGUUCAGGAGGAAAUACAGUACCCUAAAGAUAUGCAGUGCAUUUUCUUAGGUGCACAUGGGUUAUUUCUGGAUUGUCUCAUUCGAGGGACGUCAGCGAGCCUCACCUUUCUCCGCCCGGGUACGCUGCUGAUCUCAGGGUUGGCAGAAGCCUUUGUCAUGGCUCAGAGCAGGAUCCAGGAAUUUGUGGGGAAACACCAGAAGAACCCCAAGCUUCCAGAGGAACGGGAAGCUCAAGUGAAGCGGUCCUUUCGGGAACUGGUGGAGAAAUAUGAUGACAAACAUGCUAUGGAUCUUUUGAUCUUGCCCACCUCGGUCAAAGAGGAGUUGCUGGGUUUGGUCAAGGAGAUUCAGGAAGAUAACACACGGGGGCAAAGGAAUGGCUACAGGACACCGUUCGGUUUCGGGAUAGAUUGUUCACUACGGUGGGAAGCCAACGCUGUGAGUAAUGGCGGAUCUGGGACUCCAGAUCGGCUUCAGUCUGCCUUUGACAUACCUGAAGAACUCAGUCAAAUCCAGGAAGAGAAUAGAACUGGAGGCUCCGGUCAUGACUGGCCUGUGGAAUUUACCAGGCCACAAGAAUCUCUUCACAAAGCUGCUCCUUUGAUGCAACUACCGUACUCCGCUAGGCCUUGGGAUGCCACAGCGGACUUGCCUACUGUGGAUGCGAAAUCUCAAGACCCAAAACAUCUUCAUGUCCCACGGGAUGACCUUUUCAGAAAUUCCGAUGAGAAAUCCCAAUUGCACCCCAAGCCACAGGGACAUCUGUCAGUCUUGAAUGAUCCUCGGCAUUGGCUUGAAGCCAUGGCCACUAAGAAUUCUGGGAUUCCCAAGAGUUCCUCCAAGCCGAUUCUAGUUAAAUCCAAGGGUCAGAUUCUACCUGGAUAUGAAGGCCUCCAGGAAAGCUUGGAGGAUCAUCAGGCAGGAGAGAAGGAUCCCUUUUGGGCAACAGGAUCGAGUCCCGUUAGUUUGCCCGAGGAAACCACGGAGGGGGAGGGAGAGGGAGAGGCAACGUCUGACAUUUUGCUGUCAUCGUGGAGCGAAAAAGAGUUCAAAAUGAGGCUAAACUUCUUCAAAACGAUGGGCUACGAAGAGCACGUGGUCAAAAAGAUACUACUGGAGGGUGGAGUUAAAGAAGCCCCUUCAACCAUCUUGGAUAGAGUCCAGAUGAUGGCGGCAGGCUUGUCUCAAAACGAAGACACCUCCCUGUCUCAGGGAGAGCCUGAACGGCAAGCUCUCGCUGCUUUGUCUCUGGAAGACACGUACGAUGAAAACAUUUAUGUCCAGGAACUGAUCAAAACGGCAGUGGUCAACUGCGGCCAUUGUCCCAGCAAGAUCCCCACAGAGAUACAAGCAGGAGCCCCAUUGGCGAGUCUCCUGAGGCAGCUCAAUGAGAAAGGGGAAUUCCACAACAAAAGUGAGAGUCCAACAGGCGGAUCAUCAACAAAGCCAGAACAUGGAGGUCAGUCUGGCAUCCAGAGAGCAACCAUUUUGAAUCACGGGGAAUCUUCUCCGCCGAGGACUCCUCCAGGGAAAAGGUGCAAUGGCGCCCUUUCGAAUCACAAAGGUGCCCAUGUUUCAGCAAGUCAUCCUGGAGUUUCUCCCAAGGCUAAUUUUUUAUCCUCCCUAUCGGAUCCUGAGGAGAUCCAGUCAGCCGAAAGCACCAAAAUGGAAGCUCUUCACCAGGCCUCUGUUUCCACGGUAACGGGAGCUCAGCGCUUUGAGGAAGCUCUCCAGACGAAGUUCAAGCUCAAGUUGGCCAACACACCUGGGAAGAAGAAUUUGCGGAUGGUCAUUAUUGAUGGUAGCAACGUGGCCAUGAUGCACGGUCUGAACCAGUUCUUCUCGUGCCGAGGAAUCGCCCUAGCCGUUCAGUAUUUCUGGGACCGAGGCCACCGCGAAGUGAAUGUCUUAGUUCCCGCUUACCGAAUGGAAAAAGAUUCUAAUGUGAGAGAGAGGCACUUCUUGACCGAGCUGCACGACCUAAGUAUCCUAUCCCUUACACCAUCCCGUAAAAUCGACGGGAGAGGCAUUGUCCCAUAUGAUGACAGAAUGAUGCUGAAUCUAGCGGAACAGACCAACGGGGUGAUUGUCACCAACGACCAGUUCCGGGACCUUGCCAAAGAAUCCAAGAGAUGGAUCAAGAUCAUCAAAGAGAGCUUGUUGCAGUACACCUUCGUGGGGAACAUAUUCAUGGUGCCGGACGAUCCCUUAGGACGAAGCGGCCCUACCUUAGCAGAGUUCCUGAGGAAGAAAACAAG